AUGGAAAACAUUGAAGUGGCACGCUACAUGGUCACCCAGAGAGGAAUAAAUCGAAACUCCUUCAUUACAGGGAGAAGUACUCAUAAUCAAAGAAUUGAGAGGUUGUGGAGAGAUGUGUUUGGAGGUGUUCUCGACCUCUUUUAUACUUGUUUCUCCAAUCUUGAGGCUGAAGAACUGAAUCCAAUCAAUCACCGAAUCAGUUAUGGCUUCUUAACCCUCGAGAAGGCCAUGACCCACUGCAGACUGACAGUGAAUAUGGCAUUGACUGGGAAGGUCCCUAUGGCUACCACCCCGAAGGAAUUCAAAUACCUGACAUUCAGCUUCAAAGGGACCUGA